AUGCAGAUGCAGACGCAGACGCACGCACACGCUGAGACAAGACAGGCGUGCCACCAUCCACCCACACGCACCGCACGCGCACGACCAAACCAACGUCGGGUUCCUGUAUCUGGAGAUCUGUGGCCGGGGCCCCCUCCUGUGCGUAGAAACCGCAGCAGCGCGGUGCCGAACGACGACGAGGAGGCGCGCAUGGCCGCGACGCCGACACUGAUAGGGUGCCCUGCCCAGACGGGCGCGAUGCAGAUGCAGGCCACCACCUCCAGCACCACCACCACCACCACCACCAUCACACCUCGUCAAGGGUCGUGUACUUCGUACGUGUCUCUUGCCCUAGCUCCUGCCUACAUACUAGAUAUCUGGAAGAAAGGGGGUUGCCGUUGGUUUGCUUUCCCGAGAAGGGAGGGGGGGCCCUUGAAUCAAAUCAAGCCGGCCCACGUAUCUCCCUGCCGGCCGGUCGGUCGGUCAGGCACACGCACGCACGCACGCCCGCGGCAAGACCCUUUUAUACACUUUGGAUUUCCGCCCGCAUCGCUCGGUGAGAGGGGAACCAGUAGUCCGGCAGGACCGACCCAGCGUGGGGGGCGUUGGUUUUCCUCAUCGUGGACCCGUGGACGAAGACAGGACCUGCUGGAUGCGGCGAUGACGAGCGAAUGA